CAGAGUGGAAAAGGGAGAAAAGAAAGGAGACUAGACAGACGCCUUUCUGUGGCGACACUGAACUUUUUCUUUUUUUUUUCUUUUUUUUUAAUGGAGUUAUUCAGACUGGAGAAUGAAGAUCUGUGCAGGGUUAACAGUUUUCCUGACUAGUGUUUUUUUCAGAGAUGUUUGCACAGCCAUUAAUGCCACGGUCACUCCAUCUCCGUUCCUGGUGGCAGUUGAGGGAGAGAAUGUUACUCUAUCAUGUCAGGUGACCCAGCAGCACAAAUCAGACACUGCUCUUGUGCUACGCUGGCUUUUCCAUCCUGCGUAUGGAGGAGACGAGCAGCUCCUUGCCAAAGUGAACAUGAGGAGGGCUAAAUUCUAUGGAAACUACACAAAGAGCUUCCCCAAACCCAAGAUUAAGUUGAUAGUAGUGAAGCAGGGAAAGACCUACAACCUCUUGAUCAUCAACAUUACAAGAAAUGACAGAGGCUUGUACAGCUGCAAAGUACAGGAGUUUAAGAAGCAUCAGAACAGAUGGAAAUCAUCUGCCAAUUUCACAGCAGCUACAGAACUUAAAGUGCACUUCCUUCCAUCCACCAAUGCCAAGGAUGGGCUUUGGAGCCUGUUUGAAGAUGUGUAUCUUUGUGCAGUGCUGAUUUGCUGUGUUGGGCUCUUGUGCAUGUGUAUGUUUACCGUUGCCGUGGGCUGCCAGUAUCUGCAGAAGAAGAGGCAUUUAAAAGAAAAUUAUAAUUUGGUGAAGAGUCCCCAAAACAGUUCUGGAGAAACAGUCACAAGUGUUGUUAGCCUAUCUCCAGCUCUUCCCAAGAAGCAAAAGAAUUACAAGAUGAAGAAAAAAGUAGAACAGGUUGAGGAGCCACCGGAAAUCCCAGCUAAAGCACCCAUUGCUGACAGACUGAGAAAGCCAAAACUUUUAAAACCUCAACCAAGAAAGAUCAUUUUGCCGAAGAUUGCAGAGGAGAGUUUAACUUAUGCAGAACUUGAACUAGUGAAACCUCUCCCAGAUGCCAAAACAUCAAAAACAGGAACUGUGUACGCCCAAAUCCUUUUUGAAGACAAAAUGGUACACUCUGCACAUAGACUGCUACACAAGAUGCCAGACUGAGUGAUGACGCAGAUCAUGGUAAAAGCCAUUCCACUGUGUUUUGUCUGAUGCAUCUAUCUCAUAGCUGUAUAAACAGCCAUUUUUAUCCAUCAACUGCCCUGUAACUACUCAUGUUAUCAGAUGUCCCCUUUCAUCUGUGUGCCAAGAUCAACUCCCUGCUCAGGCCAUGCACAAAUUAGUGAUCCAAGGUAGACCUUGAUUGCUAGUUGGAACUGGAGAACCAGACAUGAGCAAAAUACUGAAAAAAAAAUCAUGCUUGCUUUAAUCACUGAAUGCUACAUUAUGUUUAUCUCUUUAGUGCAUGCUAAGCUAAUGUAUGAGAAAAUACUGACUGAAAUGAUAAUGAUAACCUUCAUAUCUGUAUCCACCAGCGUUUAGAGAUCAGAAUCUCCUUACUUGCCAUUCAACAUGCAUCUACAUUAUGUAACUCCUAAUAAAACCUGUAUAUAUGUAUAUAUGCACACCAUUUUGUUUGAUAGUAAAUAGGUGGAGCUGGCAAGCUUGAAAAUCUGUGUAUGUGCAACAACAUAACACAACACAUGCAUGGUUGUAACCUAUGACAAUAUAAAACAGUACACUCUCAAAAAAGAGGGACUUUUCUUGCCACUGGGUUGAUACCCUUAUCUUUUGUGCCUGGAAUGUGGAUAUAAUGUGCCUUUAAAAAAGGUUAAGGCACGUAACUAAGCAGUAAUUGCCUUUUAGAAUAAAGUAUUGAGGUGUUACUGUUUAGUACCCUUUUUUUCAGAGUGUACAGUAUUGUAGCAUAGUACUGUAAUAUAGCAUCAUGAUUGUGAUGUGUGAGUAGAAGAGAUUUAACCUAUUGUACAGUGUAAUUAAAAACAUAUCACAUACAAUAAACAAAAAUAUGAACUUUUGCAUAAAUAUAUAUUAUAACCAUCCAGUACAGACAGUAAAUGUCAUUAGAAACAUUUGUGAUAGACCAAUGGAAGUGGACAAGCACUAUUCCCAGCAGCUUAACUGGACCUCAUCUGCAUCUUUUUCUGUAUUUAUUAUUAUUAUUAUUAUUAUUAUUAUUAAUAAAUAUAUUUUAUUAUUCCAUUGGACUCAACUCUGGAAAAGCCUCGUUUUCCAGACUUGAGUCCAAACAAGCAGAAACCAACAUGGAAACAAUCAUGUAGCAGAGAAUUAUGGGAUGUCCAUCCAUCCAUUAUCUGUAGCCGCUUAUCCUGUUCUACAGGGUUGCAGGCAAGUUGGAGCCUAUCCCAGCUGACUAUGGUCAAGAGGCAGGGUACACCCUGGACAAGUUGCCAGGUCAUCGCAGGGCUGACACAGAGACAAACAACCAUUCACGCUCACAUUCACACCUACGGCCAAUUUAGAGCCACCAGUUAACCUAACCUGCAUGUCUUUGGACUGUGGGGGAAACCGGAGCACCCAGAGGAAACCCACACAGACACGGGGAGAACAUGCAAACUCCACACAGAAAGGCCCUUGCCAGCCACUGGGCUCGAACCCAGAACCUUCUUGCUGUGAGGCGACAGUGCUAACCACUAUGCCACCGUGCUGCCCCAUUAUGGGAUGUCAUUAACCCAUUAACCAUUUAGAACAGGGUACUGACAUCAGAACAACUCUUUUUUUUCUGAGAAAGUUAUUUAACUGUGAAAAUGAAACACUCCUCCAAACCACUCUGAGCAUAAUGGGAGACCACUGUGUGCACCACUAAUAAGUACCAGCUGUGAAUUCAGCACAGCAAGACCAUCCUCAGCUCUCACAAACAGAACAUGCUGCAUUGAUUUCUCUCUUUCCAGCUACACAUGAGCAUACUGCAAAAGUUUUAUCAAAGAGGAAUAGAUUGUGCAAUAUGACAAACAUGUAAACAUGCUGACCAGAUUAACUUGAUUAAUGUAUACCUUAUAUGUGUCCUGCAUGUUUUGUGACUUAUUUGAAUGUGUGUGUGUGUGUGUGUACUGUAUAUAU